CAGCCUACUUUCACUCGCAUCAUAUUGGAGACCGCCUUGUCAAACCACAGGUUCAUUCGCGCACAGGCUGCGCACUGGGGCAUAGGUAACUGCUAAAUAGUUAUUGGAAUGGACCUGAAUGAAUGAGUUGACAAAUAUGCCACCAUUUUAGUUUUUUAGAUUUUAAAUGUAAUAUAUUAUUAUGUGGCCAUUUCCAUUAAAUCAGGAGCUAUGGAUCGACUUGGUGAAUGGAGUUUCAAACCGAAGAAGAUGAAAGUGGAAUUGGAGGAUGGUUUUUAUUUUGAUUAUGAUGCGGAAGAAAUAUCUGGUUAUCAAGACCCCAAUCAACUUUUAGCUGCUUUGAAACAAAAGGAGGAAGAAGUCCUUUUGGCGGCCCAGCUGGGAAAUGCAUUGCUUUUGGAAAAUCGUCAGUUGAAAGAACAGAGCGACAAACUUAAUGAACAGUAUGCACACAAACUUGAGGAGUUGGAGCAGAGCAGGCAUGACCUGCGGUUGAAGCUGGAGGGGUGCCAGUCUGGGUGGGUGAGCCAGGUUGGGGACCUGGAGAGAGACAUGAGGGAUCUGAGUGGCCAGGUGGCCAGGCUGACCCAGGCCCUGACCGAUGCAGAGAGGGACAAGACCAGGGCCCAGGAGGAAGACGCAGAACACACCCAGCGCCUCAGAGAACAGCUCAGCACCGCGAUGGAGGUGGAGAGGGCAAUGACCAGUCAACUGCAGACCCUGAAACUGGAGCUCCGUCAGAGAGGCCACCAUAACAGACCACAGGAUGAGGAGCUGCUCAGUGCCAUGAGUGAGCAGGUGGUGCGUCUGUCCCAGAGGGGUCAGGCUCUAGAGGAGCAGCUGGAAAGUGUGUGUCAGGAGAACGCAGACCUACGGGACAGACUGGCCUCCCUACACACACGCUCCGCUCUACAGGACCAACACAACCAGCAGCAGAGCCAACAGCUGACGGAGGCAUGGCAGGAGGCUGCGGCUGCGAGGGGGCGUUCCCAGCAGCUUCAUGUCCAGGUGGAGGAGCUGCAGGAGGAGGUCUCUCUGCAGUACAGGAGUAGCCAUGGAAACACAUCCCUACUGUCUGAGCUGGAGACCAGUCUGGACACCAUGGGCUUGGGCCAAGACAGAGAACAGAUGACCCAGGAAGUUCUGUCCAUCCUGGAGCUCCUGCGACCCCUGACCCGGGUAGUGAAUACUCCAGAGAGGUCAGAGUUUAUAGGUCAGGAGGAAGGAGAUCUGCAGGCCAUGCUCCUACAGUUAAAGGGUUUAGCUCAGAAACUGGCCAACCACACCCACAUCCCUCAGCUCCAGGAAGAGAAUGCUGAGCUGAGGCUGAGGCUCGGAAACAGACAGGAUGAAGAAGAGGUGGCCCAACAGGCCAUCAGAGAUAGAGAUGAAGCCAUAGCUAAGAAGAACCUGAUGGAGGCGGAGCUGGUGAGGAGUAAGAAUGACAUGAUGUGUCUGAACAACCAGCUGCUGGAGGCUAUACAACGCAAGUUGGAGCUGUCUCAGGAGCUAGAGGCCUGGCAGGACGAUAUCCAAAUCAUCAUCAACCAGCAGCUGAGGACCCAGCAGCAAUUGGAGCAGGUCGAGAAGAAGCCUGCCUCUAACCCCAUGUCCUUCUGGAGGAGACCCAGCACAGCUUCCUCCACCAGGCCCCGCCGGCCCUCCUCCUCCCCCGCUUCCUGGACCUCAGAAGCUGGGCAAGAGAAGCCCCAGUCCCCCUGGAGAAACUGGCUUCGACGGGGCAAGGCAACAGAGCCAGGCAAAUAGUAAGCUGGAAUGUCUGUUGCUUCACCUUGGAGGACUGGCACAUUGCACAGAAAUGUCUUGACCAGCUGGCCAUUGAAGAAGGUGAGUUGAGUCAUCAAGACAAGCUGGUGGAACACUACUGAGUGGAACUAUCAGUCUUGGUAGAUAGAGUACCAAGCAAAACAGGACAGGCUGAACACUCAGUAAUGUUAUAUAGUAGACUUCAGUAGAGUAUUAGAAUUCAAGACCAUGGUGUGUUGGAAACGAGGGCCAGAUAGGAGCCCUAAUGGACAAAGAGUUAUCAGUAAGUAGACAGUUUCCCCACUGUCACGGAGAAUAACCUAAGAACAUUCAAAGCAUGUUAGAGCAGGUUAAAAAGCCUCUAGCAGGGUAAAUACUAGAAUGGCCAGGGAGUCACACACUAGGAUAGUAACUGCUAGCAUGGCCAGGGAGUCACACACUAGGAUAGUAACUGCUAGCAUGGCCAGGGAGUCACACACUAGGAUAGUAACUGCUAGCAUGGCCAGGGAGUCACACACUAGGAUAGUAACUGCUAGCAUGGCCAGGGAGUCACACACUAGGAUAGUAACUGCUAGCAUGGCCAGGGAGUCACACACUAGGAUAGUAACUGCUAGCAUGGCCAGGGAGUCACACACUAGGAUAGUAACUGCUAGCAUGGCCAGGGAGUCACACACUAGGAUGGUGAGUUACGACAACAAAAGAGGCUUAGAAGUUGUGCCCGUCUUCUGCCUUAUAAUGAAGUCAUUGAUGCCCGAGAUUGUAAAUGUAUGUGUGAAUGUCAAUGUUUGAAAGAAUACUGACAGUAUUUGCUCAGACUAAUUAUUUCAUCCAUCCAAGUUGAUAGAGUGACUGGACUCCAAUCAUAACACAUAAUGAAUGUUGUAAAUAUUUAGGUUUUUAGAAACACAGAGGAUCCAGAUCUAAGUGGUGUUCCACUCACUACAGCCUUUUCAAAAGAUGUAAUAAGAUUAAAUGUUGCCUGCUGUCAAUGCAAAAUGUGUUCCAUUAUGUAUUCAUAGAAAACAGGCCUUAGUAGAACAUAACCAAAUACAAAAUUGGUGCUCAUAAAUAAACCAAUCAUCUACAGAAUGUCAUGAAAUGUUGUGGGAACUAGAUACAUUAUGAAAUAUGUCCAAAAUGCAUUUCUUGCAUUGCAUUCUUACCUUAUGUGCCUUAGUUUUUGCCACACUACUGAAGGGGACAUUUUGGGGGAAGGGUGCAAUAUAGAUCAAUAUAGAUCAACGAUGUAGAUCAACUCUAACUAGGAUGGUCAGGUCAUAUAAGGUAUUUUGAUCAAAGUACCAGAAUAAUCUAAUGGACCGAAUGCAUGUAAUAUGCUGUCAAUACAUGAUGUAAGUUGGUCCUGUUGUUCAUCAACAUUUGCUAAUUGUUUAUUUUCAUUUAUGUUUUUCUUGACAGAAUCAGAAUGUCCUCAGAUUAUUUGAUUUAGUAAAAAACACAGGACAAUGUUGAUUGAAUGACUGAAACGUCUAGUACUUGCACCUGUUAUUACUGAAGAAAUAUAGCAAAAAUCUAGAUUCAUAUUACUUAUUGUUGUAAUAUAUGAAUGUUAUCAAAGUCCAUGCAUGUUGUGUAUCAUGAUGUAUGUAGUUUAUGUAUUCUGUAUGUAGAUGGUGUUUAUGUAAAUAGUAAGUGACUUGCCUAGUUAAAUAAACAAAAAAUCUGUACUUUAAUUGUUUUUUAUUAGUGAACACAGAAUGUCCUUUACACUGAAAAUAAAGUAAUGUUUCAUACAGUA